GGCCACAUUGCAAAAAGUGAAAUUUUUAACGAUUAUUAUUUUUAUAACCGAGAAGUCAACUUGUUUCGCGCGGAAAAAACGAAGCCAGCUGCAAUAACGACCACAAGCAUCGGCGUCAUCCAAAAACGGGUUUCUUCUCGUCUUCUUCGUACUGCGGGUGAAGCACUAAUCCCCGGAUUCCGGAUCACAUGAUGACCUCCAGUGGCGGUGCGUGCUCCCAUGUCGCCUUCGUUGCCUGGGCGGUAUUUGCCCUGCUGCUGACGCACGGCGGCGGUGUUGUGGAUGCCCGGCGUAACCAGGGCAAUAACCAGCGCAAGCCCUCCUCCUCCUCGUCCUCGUCGAGCUCCUCCAACUACGGUCACGUCACGCAGCCUAGCUACAACACGAAUGGCCAUGCCGCCGGCAACUCGCACGCGGAUGUGGCCAAACUGAGCUACCCCAACUACAACUCGCAACCGAAUCGCCCCAUGGCCGCUGGCUCUCCAGCUGGAUCCCCAGCAGGAGCGGCCCCUCAGCCUGGCUGGAAUGUGCCGCAGGGUCCGCCGCCCGCCUACUCCGCCUCCAAUCCCGCCGGAGGUGCCCGACCCAAUAUGCACGAACCGCCGCCGGCCUACCAUGCCCCCAACUAUGGAGCAGCUCCUCCCAGCUAUGGCGCAGCCACGGGAUCGAAUGUCCAUCAGCCGCAGUACUCGGGAGUGCCGGCGGGUGCCACCUACUACCCGGCUGGAGGACACAGCGGUGGCUAUCCCUCGAAUCUACCCGCUGGAGCAACGUACUACCCGUCCGCCGGACAGAUGCCCAUGGGCGGUGGCUAUCACCCGGCCGCUGCACCGCCUCCGGGAGCCACCUACUAUCAGGCGGGAUCUGCUCUGCCGCCCGGAGCCACCUACUACUCUGCGCCGCCUCAGCAAUCCUCCUCUGGCCUUGGAUUCGGCACUGGUCUGCUUGCUGGCGGCUUGGGCGGUGCUCUGCUGGGCCACGCCCUCACGCCCUCUGGAGGCAGCUCUUCCUCGCAGCCGGUGGCCGCGGCUCCUGCUGCUGGCCAGGAUCGCAUCAUCAUCAUCAACAAUGGCGUGCCGGUGAAUGCCACCGAUGGCACCACCGUGAUCAAUGCUGGUGGAGUGGCCGCUGCUCCUGCUCCUGGAGCAGUACCAGCAGCAGCAGCACCGAUGCCGCCUUCCAACGUGACCCAGGAUGCCCAGGAGCAGCCAGCUGUGCCCAUGGCACCAAUGGCUCCCUUCAAUCCAGACGCCUCCAACAUGACAGCACCAGCAGCUGAUGCAGCUGCUCCUCCACCGGCUGGCGGCAUCAUUUGUGUGCCCACCAAGGUGAACGAAACGGAUCCGGCUGACAGCACCAAGAUGGUAGAGGUGGAGAAGAUCGCCUGCUACCCGGCGCCUCCGCCACCAGCUGCUCCGGCCGGCGAAGGACCAGCUCCGCUGGCGCCCAUGGCGCCCGCUCAGCCGGGAUCGCAGCAAGUGCAGCAGGCACAGGAUGUGGCGGCUCCCGUUCAGGCGUCCGUCAAGGCCAACACCAGUGGAGCCCAGUCCCUGGCCGGAUUGACCAGCCAGAGCCUGCUCCUCAUGCUCGUGUGCGGAGUUAUGGCCAAGCGCUUCGCUGGCUUCUAAAGAGCAUGCCUCUGGAAUGUUCCGAGCUGCAUUGUGUGCACACUUUCCCCCACACAAUUACCCAGAUACCCAAAUACCCGACUACCUACUGUACCUUCCUACCCAGCUUUUGUGGCCUUGGCGCGCACGGUUUAUUUGUGCCCGCCAAGAUCGAUAAUUCCAGGCGCUAAUUGGACGAAAAUUGUUAAUUUAAGCCGUACCAUCUCCGAUUACAGUAUUCGUGGAUAAACAAGCUGGCUUCCCAGUUUAGAAUUCCCCUUCUAAAGUCCCCCUUUUCCAACUCGGCCUUCAAUUGUGAUGAUUGGCGAUGGGAAUGGACACCCGUAACCGGACCCAGACCCAGUUCCAGUCCCAAACCAUCCCGGUGUGUGCUCGAAAACAAAGCAAACAUUCGAAUAUCUCAGUAUAUAUUAUAUAUAACCCUAUGCUACAUGCAAGCCCUACUCAAAAGCCCCUGAAAAAGACAAAGUGAAUGUCAGUUCUCACUAAAUGUGUAUAUUUUUCUAGAAUUGUUAGCGUAAUCGUUGCUUGUUUUUUUUGUAUCGUUGUAAGCAAACGUAUUUGUUGCACUCAAUUGUUGAAUUAAAUAAAAAUAAAAGCUUUCGCCUACACCCAUAGCACUUGA